AUGAACAUGCUACUAACAUGGGAUUACCAAGACCUAUGUGUCUUGAGCUCCUCGUGGCACAUAAAGAACACAACUGGUUUGGUUUUAAGUUUGUUUGCUGUGAUUCUAAUCUCAAUGGGAUAUGAAUACACAAAGUUCUGGAUACACACAUGGGAAAAGAGACAGAGUAAGUAG